AUGUCGGACCAGACUUCAAAGUUGAACUACCAACAUGCUAUAGAGCUACUUAAGUUGUGUCGGCGGUCAUUCCCUUCCAUAUCGGCGGCGAUGAUGUUACCGAUUCCUGCAUGGGCUCCCAAUAUUGCUACCUUGAAAGGAGUACCAUCGCUCGAAGGGAUGAAAGAUUGGUUAUUGCGUCUUGGUCAUGAGACCAAAGAUAUAGAUGAUUUGAAUGUCAUUCAUGUUGUCGGAACGAAAGGCAAAGGCAGCACGUGUGCUUAUGUGGACUCGUUCCUACGAGAGCAUGCGACCAGGAAUGGAAUUAAUCGAAAAAUAGGCCUUUACACAUCCCCAAGUCUGUGGCCAAGAAAUAGAAUCCGAAUCGAUUCAAAGCCGUUACCAGAGGAUAUUUUUGCAAAGCGCUUCUUUGAAGUUUACACGGGCCUGUCACUCGAUGGUGAUACCUCGUCUAGCAAGACACCCGGAUUUCUCCAAAUGGUGGCCAUCGUGGCUUUCCACACUUUCAUCAAGGAAGGUGCUGACGUCGUCAUCUGUGAGGCCCAUCAUGGUGGUGAGUUCGAUGCAACCAACAUCUUCAGCCGUCCUGCAAUCACUGCCGUGACCAAGAUUAGCUUGGACCAUGUCGAUAGCCUAGGAACAACCAUCCGAAGUAUUGCAUGGCACAAAAGUGGAAUAUUUAGGGCUGGGGUUCUGGUACUUUCUGUCCGACAAGACCCAGAAGCUGAAGACGAGAUAAAGCGCCGGGCAAAAGAAAAGGGAGCGUUGCUUCAUUUCGUGGAAAACGUCACUAUUGAGGGUCUCAUACUUGAACAGCGAGAGAAUUGCGCACUGGCUAGGCGUAUCGCCGAUGAGUUUCUCCAUCACUCGCUCGAUGAACAGGAUGUUGCAGCUGGUAUCAGGAAAUGCCGCUGGCCUGGACGCUUCGACAUCGUUGAUUACGGUGGCUGCACUUGGUAUUUGGAUGGAGCACACAACGAAACAAGUAUGAAGGUAGUCGGAGAGUGGUAUGAACGGGUAGCUGGUGCGAGUUCUCACCGAGUUCUCAUUUUUGCCCAUUUCUCACCUAAGCGAACGCGUGACUGGAGGACGAUAUUAAAGACUUUAGGGACAUCUCUACAGAUGCGCAUCCAACAUGUGAUAUUCGUCAAGCAGAUUGAAUAUGAUGGUCAUUUCACUACCCCUGCGGGACUUUUGGAAGACUAUGCCGAAUUCUGGAGGGAGAGUUCGUCCCCAAAAUCCACUCAUAUGGCAUCUAGUGUCAAGGAUGGCAUUGAUCUGGCCAAGCAGUUUGGCAUGGGGGCGCAGAUUUUGGUAACAGGAAGUUUGUACUUGGUAGAAGCUGCUCUAGAGAUAGUCAAAAACGAUUCUAUCCAGAAUCUGCCCGACCUUUAA